AUGCAUUUCAGGCGGCACGCAGGAUCUCAGCGACGAGAGAUUGGCGAAGCAGCCUGGUCUCUCAGCCGCUGGAGACAGGGACGUGGGCAGUGGGGGUUGGUUGGAUGGCGAACAGUAUCCAACUCCGUACCUUACGGAUACAAUGUCUUCUUCAACUCGUUGAUGCACCACACCCGGCUACUCGAGUCAAUAAAGUGGCCGAAGCAACGAAGCAAUGAGGGGAACAUGUUUCUUUCGACGCAACUUCACGACUCGCUACAUCCUCUGUCUAUGCACGCCUGUAUCCCACGUCGAAACUCGAAGAAGAACUCUAGCACCGCACCUGGUACAUCGUGGCACACAUAUUGGAACGUUUAUCUUCUCUUUCUUCUAUUGAUGCUCUACCUAGAUCCCACCCCUCCCGAACCCGUCAUCCCUCCCCAAGCCAACCAGAACACCGCCGACCUCCCCGAACCCUGGUUUGACCAACCCCUCUGUUCAACACUUCCCCAGACUAUCCACAUCCGCAGCUCCCUUCCUGACUCGUUACUGGGAUUCCCAUCCGUCUUCGUCUUCAACAACGCUUGA